ACUAACACAUACACGCAAAGAUAAAAAGGCCACGAUCAUAGCAACCAAAAGCCUCCUCUCACUCUCUCGAUUCACUUUUCCCAAGGAAAGUAGCGAUCGAACAAGAAGAAGAACAAAAACAACUCUAUUGGGAAAGCCACAAAGGCAUAACAGCUUUUCCUUGGCUUAGCGAUGAGAGUUCCCUCCUCAUCCCCACAGACCAAUAAUCAUUCCUCCAACUCAAAACUCACUCAAAAUCCAAAUCCAAAUCAUAACCCAAACCCAAACCUUGUCCUUCACACCCCACCCAGCAAUAACCAAACUUUCAGCUACGAACCCACCUCUGUUCUCGACCUCUGCCGCAGUCCCAGCCCCGAAAAGAAACCCACAGUCCCAAAGGCAGAAGCAGAUCCCAAUCUAGAGCUGGACGAUCAUGUGUUGCCUAAUUUGGAUUGGUGGGAUUCAAUCAUGAAGGACUUGGCCUUACCCGAAGACUCAGCCAAUCCCCUAUUGAAGCCUACCAACAUUAAUUCUGAUAACCUAAAUUCCAAUUCAUGCAUCCCUGAUUUCCCACCCUUUGAUCACCCUCAAGACUUCUUGGAAAUUUACUCCAAUCAAAACCUGCCCUUUAAUUACAAUACUAGUAACGCUUUGGACCAUUCGGUUCACGAUUUCAGUCACCACCAUCACCACAACAACACCAACACCAACACCAAUUGGGAUUUCAUCGAAGAGCUUAUCCGUGCAGCUGAUUGCUUCGACAACAACCACCUCCAACUAGCUCAAGCCAUAUUGGAGCGUCUCAACCAACGGCUUCGUGCCCCGAUUGGAAAACCACUCCACCGAGCCGCGUUUCACUUCAAAGACGCUCUGCAGUCUCUUCUCUCCGGUUCCAACCGAACCGGAUCCAACCGGCUUUCUUCAAUGGCGGAGAUCGUGCAAACGAUUAAAACGUUCAAGGCCUUUUCGGGAAUUUCACCGAUCCCAAUGUUCUCUAUCUUCACCACCAAUCAAGCGCUUCUCGAAACCCUACACGGCUCUUCCUUCAUCCACAUCAUCGAUUUCGAAAUCGGCCUCGGAAUCCAAUACGCUUCUCUCAUGAAAGAGAUGGCCGAGAAGGUCGCCGGAAACUUGCCGCUCCUCCGCAUCACCGCUGUUGUUCCGGAAGAGUACGCCGUCGAGAGCCGCCUCAUCCGCGAGAACCUCAACCAGUUCGCUCACGACCUCGGAAUCCGCGUCCAGGUUGACUUCGUGCCGCUUCGUACCUUUGAGGCGGUGUCGUUCAAGGCCGUCAGGUUCGCCGACGGCGAGAAGAUAGCCGUGCUGUUGUCGCCGGCCAUUUUCUGCCGUCUCGGCUCCGGAGGAAGCAGCGUCGCCGCGUUUCUCGCAGACGUGAGGAGGAUGUCUCCCGGCGUGGUAGUGUUCGUCGAUGGCGAGGGGUGGACAGAGGCGGCGGCUGCGGCGUCGUUUCGGCGGGGCGUGGUGAACAGCUUGGAGUUCUAUUCGAUGAUGUUGGAGUCGCUGGAUGCGUCGGUUGUGGCAGGAGGAGGGGGCGAUUGGGUGAGGAGGAUCGAGAUGCUUCUGCUGCGGCCAAAGAUGUUGGUGGCGGUGGAGAGCGCUGGAAGAAGAACGCCGCCGUGGAGGGAGGCGUUUUACGGCGCCGGAAUGAGGCCGGUGCAGUUGAGCCAGUUCGCCGAUUUUCAGGCCGAGUGUUUGCUGGCGAAAGUGCAAAUACGAGGCUUCCACGUGGAAAAACGACAAGCUGAGUUGGUGCUCUUCUGGCACGGAAGGGCCAUGGUUGCCACGUCAGCUUGGCGGUGUUAGAAAUAUAGAUAGAACUUCAAAGACACCAACCUGCUUACACAUUAAUUUUACUUGUAUUAGAUGUUUCCUUUCCUUUAUAACCAAAACAUGGUAGGAAACGAACGACACUCCUUUUCUACUUGGCAAGGCACUAAUAACUUGUUGCGAGUAUCAAUCAAGACUUAACUCAGAGGAUUACUACACACUUUUCUGGUGGAGGUUAAUCAAAAUUUCAACCGAUUUCAGGAGAUUUGACUCUGCACAUAUGGGAGAGGCAAGUGUUUUACUAUUUGUGUCAACUUGUGUUGGCAAUGUGAACCUUUAUUUCUGCGUUUACAGUUGCAAGAAUCUAGUUUAACUUUAGUUUAGUUUACUAUGGAAAAUUAUAGAUGUUUCCGAAAACCACAAGAAAAGAUACUGGGAAGUACAUACACUGGUAUUUUUUUUCCAGACCUUUUUGUUUUAUGCAAUGUAGAUAAAUUGUGGGGGUGUCUCUAUUUGAUUUGUUUGAGAAGAGUUAUCAAUGUAAUGGAGCAUAUAGUUUCAGUCUUGUUAUCUUAAUGAAUCUCUUGCUUUUCAAUCGAAGUAUUUGGGAAACAAAUAGCGCUCUUAUGCCUUAUGGUAUGGAAUAUUUUGCUGCCAAAGUCAGAGAUAAAUAUCACAUGUGAUAGGCAUAUUCAGUGUAGAGAAACAGUUUUUAAUCCACUUAGUUAUAGUUUUUUCUCUACUUCCUAGUUUUCUCGUUUUGUCAUUAACGGUAUGCAAAUAUGUUCGCCACGGUUGUUCGACGUGACAUGAUCACAUGAAGAUGCAUGUUUCGGGAUAAGAACAUUCCUUGGCACAUCUACUGUUAAGCAUCUACGGGAUGCGAAAGGAAGAAAAACAAACACCCCCAACGAUCUUUGAUAGUAUCCUGAUAGUUUUGUGUUUUCUGAUAAUGUGAACAGCAUCACUUCCAGAAUUAACCUUUCUGUGAGAGAUAGUAAAUUAGACAAG